AUGCUAUCGAAGAAUUUGUAUAGUAACAGGAAGUUGCUAACCUCGACGAAUACACUAGUCAGGUUCGCUUCCACUAGAUCUACAGGAGUGGAAAACUCCGGGGCAGGUCCUACAUCUUUUAAGACCAUGAAAGUCAUUGACCCUCAACACAGCGACAAGCCAAACGUACUGAUACUGGGUUCAGGGUGGGGAGCUAUAUCGUUUUUGAAGCACAUCGACACCAAAAAGUACAACGUUUCCAUCAUCUCUCCUAGAAGCUAUUUCUUAUUUACGCCAUUGUUGCCUUCUGCACCAGUUGGGACAGUGGACGAAAAAUCAAUUAUUGAGCCAAUUGUUAAUUUCGCUCUUAAGAAAAAGGGGAACGUUACUUACUAUGAAGCAGAAGCCACCUCUAUCAAUCCUGACAGGAAUACUGUCACUAUAAAAUCAUUAUCCGCUGUCAGCCAGCUAUACCAACCUGAAAACCAUUUGGGACUACAUCAGGCAGAACCUGCUGAAAUUAAGUACGAUUAUUUAAUCAGUGCCGUAGGUGCGGAACCUAAUACAUUUGGUAUUCCAGGGGUAACUGAUUAUGGUCAUUUUUUAAAAGAAAUUCCGAACUCUUUGGAAAUAAGAAGGACUUUUGCCGCCAAUUUGGAGAAGGCUAAUUUAUUGCCCAAGGGCGACCGCGAAAGAAAAAGAUUAUUGUCCAUUGUUGUGGUUGGUGGUGGGCCUACCGGUGUAGAGGCCGCUGGUGAGCUACAGGAUUAUGUUCACCAGGAUCUGAGAAAAUUCCUCCCUGCAUUGGCUGAGGAAGUCCAAAUUCAUUUGGUCGAAGCUCUACCUAUCGUUUUAAAUAUGUUUGAAAAGAAGCUAUCAUCAUAUGCGCAAUCCCAUUUAGAAAACACAUCGAUCAAAGUACAUUUGAGAACAGCCGUCGCUAAAGUAGAAGAAAAGCAGUUAUUGGCAAAGACCAAACACGAAGACGGCAAAGUAACUGAAGAAACUAUUCCAUACGGUACUUUAAUUUGGGCCACGGGUAACAAGGCAAGACCGGUAAUUACAGACCUUUUCAACAAAAUCCCUGAGCAAAACUCGUCCAAGAGAGGAUUGGCAGUAAAUAACUUUCUGCAAGUGAAAGGUAGCAAUAACAUCUUCGCCAUUGGUGAUAAUGCAUUCGCUGGGUUGCCACCAACCGCCCAAGUGGCGCAUCAAGAGGCUGAAUAUUUGGCCAAAAAUUUCGAUAAAAUGGCUCAAAUACCACACUUUCAACAGAACUUAUCUUCAAGAAAGGAUAAGAUUGACCUUUUGUUCGAAGAGAACAACUUCAAACCUUUCAAAUACAAUGAUUUAGGUGCCUUAGCAUACCUUGGAUCCGAAAGGGCCAUUGCAACUAUCCGUUCCGGUAAGAGAACAUUUUACACCGGUGGGGGCUUAAUGACCUUUUACUUAUGGAGAAUUUUAUACUUGUCAAUGAUUCUAUCCGCUAGGUCGAGAUUAAAGGUCUUUUUCGACUGGAUUAAAUUAGCAUUCUUUAAAAGAGAUUUUUUUAAAGGAUUAUAG